ACGAGCAGCAUGAGCAGCGGGCGCCCAUGAGCUGGACGAGCAGCAUGAGCAGCGGCUACAGCAGCCUGGAGGAGGAGGACUCCGAGGAGUACUUCUUCACGGCGCGCACCUCCUUCUUCAGGCGGCCCCCGGGCAAGAGCAGGGCUGCCCCGCAAGAUGAUCAGAAGGAGAGAGAACCUCACCUUUGUCUCAGUAAAGAAGAAGUUAAAGAGAAGAUACAAAGCUAUAAUUCAUCUGUCACUGAUAAAUUAAAGAUGACCUUGAACUCGAAUGGGAUUUACACUGGCUUCAUCAAAGUUCAGAUGGAACUAUGCAGACCGAUCACUGUGCAGUCCCCCCUGGACCCAGGAAAAUGUGCUCACAGCAAUAACGAGGCUGCUUUUUACCUGCCAAACGGCUACGUGAACACGCUUCACAUCAGCAGCACCAAUACUGUCCGGGAAGUUAUUGAGGCCUUGCUCAGAAAGUUUUUGGUGACUGACAACCCUGCAAAGUUUGCACUUUAUAAGCGCUGUCACAAGGAAGACCAAGUUUAUACAUGCAAGCUGUCAGACCGAGAACACCCGCUCUACCUGCGUUUGGUGGCAGGCCCCCAAACAGAGAUGCUCAGUUUUGUUCUACGUGAGCAUGAAACUGGAGAAGUCAUGUGGGAAGCUUUUAGUGUGCCCGAGCUACAGAACUUCUUGCGCAUACUGGACAAAGAGGAGCACGAGCAGCUGCAGCUGCUGAGGAAGCGCUACGCAGCUUACAGAGACAAACUUGAAGAAGCCCUUGGAGGGGUGUGGAAACCUGGUUAAAAGGGGGCCAAAGCACACUCAGGAAAAAUGCACGCUACCAAAUGCCAUAUAGCAUGCCAAACCCAAUGUACAAAGAGCAGUAAAGAGUAGUUUUCUUUAUUCGGAAGACUGUUUUGUAACGCUAGGGUACCUGAAUUCUGCUAUAGACUUAGUUCCAGAAGCCAGGUCACUUAGCAUCGUGCCCCCACAAGUAAGGGAUUCUGCAUGUUUGUACAUCAGUUUGCAACCCUCUAUGUGCCUAGAGAGUUUCCCAAGUUAUCUUGGUGCAGGCUGUGAAACUAAUCGAUUUUCUAGGAUGCUAUGAAAUAAGAUUUUGUUUUUUUUUUUUUUCUUCUUUGCUUUAAUGGUAGCUUUACAAGUAAGGAUGUGCAAAUUGAUCAGCUAAAAAUGAGUAAAAGUGUCAGGAUGAGAAUCAGUUGGAGCACUGUCUUUGAGAUAAAAUGGAUUUGCACUACCUUUCUGUUUUCAAAUAGUUACUGUAUAAUUCUUGAGAAAACUGUUAUAGGUGGGAAACAUGUAAGAUUUUUAUGGCUUGUUCUGUGAAAUUUUUGGAAGGCUUUAAAUCCUGGAGAGGGUAAAGAGAAAGUUGAAAAGAAGGUGAGAGCUGGGGAAGGACUGUAAGAGCUGACAAAGAAGGACUGGUUUUAAAUGGAAGUAGUAUUUAUAUAGAGGAAAGUUAAAAUACUAAUUUUACAAGGGUAAAGUUUUAGGAUGUUUUAAUAUUGUGAAUAAGUUUUUAGCUUUUUUUUUAAAUUGCAUAAAUCCACACUGGAAAAGUAAUAAUUAAUAGACAUAAGUGGGAAGGAAUGAGAGGGGAGAACUAAGCGAGAAUGGAAGCGGAGCGGCACGCACAGGUCCUUACGGGAGAAGCUGUUUCCUAAAUGUGAGGAGCGGGGUAGUAGCCAACUGCAGCGGAACCAGCAAGUGGCUCUUUACUUGAAUUCYGAAAUAGGGACAAGGAGUAGUCACGGAUAACGCCAUGAGAAGUACCCAGCUCACAGGAACCUUUAGGUCAAACUGUAGCUACAGGUGCCUUGCUCUUCGUGGCAAGUUGGAUUUUUCCUCUGGCUCUGUGAUCCAUUUGUAGGCCGGAUGAAUUAAAGUUACUGUCUUGAAAAGACAAAAAAAUCUUCCUCUGCUUCCUUGUUUGCAAAAGGCUCAGUCAGGCAAAGAAGGUAGAAGUUCUUAUUUGUGUUCCUAGCUUAGCAUUUAAUUAGAAUUUAUUAGCUAUGUUGGUGACUGAGCUUAAUGAAGUUUUGCUUUUAGUAAUUCAGACUUUUUUCCUAAUGGUCUUAGAAUUCUUAUUUGAACGACUGAUUACCAAAUUCUGUAGACUGCUGAUUUACUUGAUUUUAAAGUAGGAAAAAUGUAGCAAGAAAAAAAGAACUUUUUACUUUUCUGUAAAUGUAAUUGUUAUUUCAGAGUUAUUUAUCUAAAGAAGCACGUUCAGAGGAAACCAAAGAAGUGGGUGUGCAAUAGAAGCAUGAGGCAGAUCUGAGUAACUGAUACCUUCAGUCAUUAUGCCAGAAAGGAAACUAAUGAGUUAAAAAGAAAGAGUGCUUAAAGAUUUAAGAGCAGCAGGUUUUUUUUUCAGUCUUAGUAAGUUCUUUGUAAAUUCCCAAGGAAUUGUUGACACUUUGGUGACAUCUAAUGGAUACUGUAUGAAACUCCAAGAUGCUUCUGUUCUUCCUCUUAAUUUGAUAUAAUUGUGCCUUUGUUU